AUGAAGAAAUUAAUCCGUGCAGUUCCUGGAUUAGCAGUAAUCCUUGUUGGGGACAAAAUGGACUCCUACCGUUGGAAUCGAAACAUCCGUAGUUCGUCAUUCCUCAGAAGAGGAGGUCAUAUGGAUAAGCAGAAGAUAAUGAAUGCGGUUAGUGUAGAGAAAGACGUUGAUGGAUUUCACCCGCUAAAUAUUGCGCGGCUUGAAAGAGAACUUUUAUUAGUUCCGUGUGUUCCAAAAGGAUACAUCGAGCUGUUACACGGGUACAAGUUUGAGAUCAAAGGGAAGAGAGUAGUUGUUAUUGGUAGGAGUAAAAAGUUUUGUAUACCAAUUGCUUUGUUACUGCAGGGAGAGGAUGCAACUGUUACCAUUAUCCAUUCUAAAACCUUAAACCCUCAAGAAAUUACAAGACAAGCUGAUAUCGUAAUCUCGGCUUUUGGAAAACCAAACAUGGUCAGAGGAAGCUGGAUAAAACCGGGCAGUCGUCAUCAAUGUUGGGAUCAAAGUGCUCCGCCUGGCUCUCGAUUUCGAAAGGUCGGAGACAUUUGCUAUGAGGAAGUUUGCAUCAGCCAUCACACCUCUUGA